AUGGUCACGACACGAAAACAGGAGCUCUCUGCGGAGGAAAGCUCAAAUAUUGAAAAGCAUGAGCAGGCCGAGACUGCCACCAACGAAGCUCCCUUCUCAUCCGAGCCCAAUGAAGAAAAGAAAGAUGACGACGCUGCUGGGAAGGCGCGAGAUAGACAAGCAAGAUUUAAAGCCCUUCAGGCUCGAGCUAAAUCCGCCACGGAACGCAACCUGAAAGAAACCGCCGCAGAAACUCAGAGACUUUCCACUGAUCCUGGUCUGGUGAACUCGCUAUCCCGCAAGCAUGCAUUCGCCUCCCACAAUCUCCUCAAGGCGGACACAGAAGCCGCGGGUGAAGAUUUCGAGCGCAAGCGAGCUUGGGAUUGGACUAUCGACGAAUCCGAGAAGUGGGACCGACGCAUGGAGAAGAAGCAGCGACACCGUGACAAUGUGGCAUUCCAAGAUUAUACCCAAGAUGCGCUGAAGGUGUACAAGCGCCAGAUGCGAGAACUCCCUCCUAACCUGGAGGCGUACGAAAAAGAGAAGUUGGCCGCUAUCGAGAAGGCUGCGGCCAACGGUGAUCUUGAGAUUGUCGAAACUGAGGAUGGCGAGAUGGUCGCGAUCGACAAGAAUGGAAGCUUCUACUCCACCGCGGACAGCGUGGGUUUCACCGACAACAAACCAAACCGUGCUGCUGUGGACAGACUUGUCGGUGAUAUCCAGAAGGCUGAGGAGGUCCGCUUGAAGAAGCGCAAGGAGCGUCGUGGCAAUGAGGAGGAAGACGUCACAUACAUCAACGAGAAGAACAAGCAGUUCAACCAGAAACUGGCUCGUUUCUACAACAAGUACACAAGCGAGAUUCGGGACAGCUUCGAACGCGGUACUAUGAUCUAA